AUGACAACGAAUCACAGACCAACUUUAGAAAGCAAAAAAGGUCGAAGAAUAAACAUAAAAGGCUCAAUAGUUCAUGCACGAGAAUUACCACAGCAACAAACUUUAAAAUAUAGGUCUGAUAUUCCACAAGAGAUAUUUGCCCGUGCCGUUAAGGAAUUGGGAAUUGGAACAAGUACGAGGAUUGAAAAAAGUGGUGCAGAGCUGUUGAAAAAAGAGUCUCGGUUGGUGGAUUACGAAAGUGAUGAUAGCGAAGAGGAGGAGCAAGAGGAGGAGGAAGAAGAAGGUGAUGAUGAACAAAAGCAAGUAACGCCAGUUGAAAAAAAAGUGGCUAGUGAGAAUUUGAAGCUGGGAGAUAAUCAGUUUGAGAACAUGAGAGAAGUUAGGCGACGAAGUACUGAUUCUUUACAUACAAGUUCGAUUAUCACAGCUAACGGACGCGAUGAGAUAGAACAUGUAUCCAAAAUGGCAAGGGUAGAACUACCUAUUAAGGAAACACAUACUCCGAAUCAUGCUUCACCUAUCAGUGGUGUAAAAGAUGAAAGCAACAAAGAAAGAGUAGAUCUCAAUGAGAAAGUUUCCAGCCAUGACGACUCCGACUCCGACUCCGACUCCGACUCCAGCUGCGACUCCGCUUCAGAUUCCGAUGAAGAAGCGACCGCGGCGUUAAUCGCCGAGAUCAAAAAAAUCAAGGAGGAGAAGGAGAAGGAAAAAGAAAAAGAGAAGGAGAAACAGAUGCUAGAGCAAAGAGAACGUUCAAAGAGUGAAAAAUCAAUAAUGAAGCAAAAUAUCAAGGUUAAGGAACACACAGCUAAUCAAAGUAACUGGCGAGAUACAACUUUCAAAUUCAACAGGAGCAUAAACCUGGACACAAAAAAGGAUAAGUUUACAACCAAUACGUUGGAAUCUCAGUCUCACCAAGAUUUCUUGUCAAAAUACGUUAAAUAA